AUGGCGAUGGACCCGGCCCAGGCAUCCAGUUCAGCGCCCAAGAAGAAGGCCAAUAAAAAGAAGAAGAAUGCCAACAAGGGCAAAGAGUCGCCGGCGGGCAACGGCAACGGCAAUGCCAAGGGCAUCGCCAACUUAACGACUGACCACGGCAGCCACGAGGACGAACUCCACGACGAGCUAGACUCACCAGCACAACCCGAUACGCCAACCGUCGAAACGAAGGAGCCCGAGCCCGAGCCCGAGUCCGAACCCGCGCCAGAGUCCGAACCCUUGGGCAAUGGCUACGCCGCAGAGCCGGCGACAAGCAACGAAGCGACGGGCCACGAGGACCCCACGGCCAAGCUGGAGGCGAUGGGGAAGGAGCGGGAGGCGCUGAGGGCCGAGGUGGAACAGCUUCGCAUACAACUCGAGGGUAUCCAAGAAACGCACCAGCAGGAAACGUCGCAGCUUCAAACGGAAAUCGACGAGAGCAACAACGCCAAGGAGCAUGCCGAGGAGCAGUACCAGGUCCUCCUCGGGCGAGUCGAAAAGAUCAAAGAGUCGCUCAGCGAUCGGCUGAAGCGGGACAAGGCCGAGCUCGAGGAGGCGAGGGACCGCAUCGAGGAGCUCGAGGCGCAGAAUGAGCAGCUGCAAGGCUCGGCACAGUCCUCGGGCGACGACAUGGAAAAGCUCAAGGAGGAGCUGCAAGACGCGACGCGGGAGCUCAUGACGCUGCGCAGCAGAAACAACCUCUCGGCGCACAACUGGCUCAAGGAGAAGGAGGAGCUGACGCGGAUGGUGCACCACCUCAAGGGGGAGGUGGAGCAGACGUCCAACGCCAUGGGCGAGUGGGAGGUGCUCGCCAUGGAGGAGCGUUCGGUCAAGGAGAGCAUGAUGGACAAGGUCCAGGAGCUCGAGGAGCAGAUGGGCGCGCUCAAGCGAGGCUACGAGAGCGCCGCGACGGAGCGCGACAGCCAGUCGACGCUCGUCGACAACCUGCAGAACGCCCUGCGCGAGAUCCAAGAGGCCAGGAAGAAGGAGCUCCGCGAAAUGGUGGAGACGACGGAAUCGCAGCUCCAGGAGCAGAAGCGACUGGCGCAAGAGGCCGAGGCGCGCCGGUCACGGGCCGAGGAGGCCAACGAGGAGCUGUCCAAGGAGCUCGAGAGGACGGCGCCGUUUGAGAAGGAGGUGAAGGAGAAGAACCUCUUGAUCGGCAAGCUGCGGCACGAAGCGAUUGUGCUCAACGAGCACCUGACCAAGGCGCUGCGCUACUUGAAGAAGACGAAGCCGGAAGACAACGUCGACAGACAAGUCGUCACGAACCACCUGCUCCACUUUCUGACGCUCGACCGCGGCGACGCCAAGCGUUUCCAGGUGCUGCAAGUCAUGGCGGGCUACCUCAACUGGACGGACGAGCAGCGCGAGCAAGCCGGACUUUCGCGGCCCGGCGGCUCGGCGGCGGCCACGAUACGGUUCGCGGCCUCACCCUUCCAACGCACGCCAAGCUCGCCCUCGCUCCACGCUGAUCUCUUCUCGGAGCCAACCACGGCGCGGGAUCACCGGGAGUCGUUGGCCGAUCUGUGGGCCGGCUUCCUCGAGCGCAGCGCAAAGGAGGGUGGCGCCGAUGGCACGCUGCCGCCGUCCCGGAAGGACAGCAUGAGCAGUGGCGCCACGGGUCCGGCACGACCGGAGUCGGGGGCCCGAUGA